CAAACGAACUCUGGUGUAACCAUCUCCUAACUCGCUACCUUCUCACUCACUAACGAUCAACCACGCAACGAGAGCACUUUCCCUUCUUCCCUUCUCCUUAUAUACCCCCGGCCCUUAUCCCUCUCCUGUGCUGGCCUCUGACCUCUCUCUACAUCCUUUUGUUUGUUGCCCUCCUCCCCAUAUCAUCCUCCCUUGUUCGUCAUCGUCUCUCCCUCAGCUCCCUCCAGCCGCCGAUUAAUCGAUCGAUCACCUAUUCACCUAGCUAGCCGGCCAGUUGCUGGUUCUCUUCUUCGCAUGCUGCCGAUUAAUUUAUUCCACGCUCGAUUGCGGUGGCGGCUUUAGUUAAUAGUUAUAGGGAGCUUCAAGAUAGCAAGCAAGAAACGGUGCAGGAUUAUUGGAGGAAUAGAGCUUCAAUUCAGAUAGCAGCUGCAGGCUGCUGUUGAUUCGGCGAUCGGUCGAUCGAGGAUGUGCACGAGGGGCCACUGGAGGCCGUCGGAGGACGAGAAGCUGAAAGAGCUCGUUGCGCUGUACGGGCCGCACAACUGGAACGCCAUCGCCGAGAAGCUUCAAGGGAGAUCAGGGAAAAGCUGCAGGCUGCGGUGGUUCAACCAGCUGGACCCGAGGAUCAACCGGAGCCCCUUCUCGGAGGAGGAGGAGGAGCUGCUCCUCGCCUCCCACCGCGUCCACGGCAACCGCUGGGCCGUCAUCGCCAGGCUGUUCCCGGGGCGCACCGACAACGCCGUCAAGAACCACUGGCAUGUGAUCAUGGCGCGGCGGUGCAGGGAGCGGAUGCGGCUGUCGAACAGGCGUGCCGGCGGCGCUGCUGCUGCUGGUGCUGGUGCCGUCGUCGUCGCCACCGGUGCUGCUGCCGAAGAUGGCAGUAACCCUAGGAGCGCCAAUAAGAAGCCGAGGCCUGACGCGAGCGGCAUGGCCUCCUUGCUAGACAAGUACCGAAGAGAAUUUUCCGCCGUCCCGUUUGCCAUUAACCAUGAUAGCAAUCAGCAGCAGGGCUAUUGUUCAAAUACUAACGAAGACGCAAACAAAUCAGUCGAAUUCUACGAUUUCCUCCAAGUGAACGCGAACUCGAGCGACACCAAGUGUGGUUCGAGCAUUGAGGAGCAAGAGGCGGAGAGCCGGGAUGACGAUCAAGCCGAAGGGCAGGUGCAGUUCAUAGAUUUCCUGGAGGUUGGGGCUUCCCAUCGCCGCCGGUGAUUUUUAUCUAUAUAUUUAACUAGGGAUGCAUCCAAAGCAGGUUGUAAUGCUUUGUGAAAGAGGCAGGCAUGCUGCAAAUAGCAAUCGUCGUCUAACACCAAACGUACUUGUAGAGGAAGCAAAAUGCACCGUGCAUAUGACAUAUUGUAAUUUAUUGUUGUAUACAUAUAUCUGUCCAUAUAUAUCCACCGUUGGGGGGACAUGUGCAAAAUUAUUCUGAGAUGUAUAAACGAGGAAUUUAUUAUUAUCUCA